AUGGCAGAAGCAUUAGGGCUCGCUGUCAAUUGUUUGACGGUCAUCGAUCUCACGGUGAAGGUCGCCUCGAAGCUCUAUGACUAUGGCAAAGAUGUAGCAAACGCCCGGGAUGACAUCAACAGGCUCCAUGACAAAGUCCUCGGCCUACAACAGAUUUCACUUUCAGUACAAGCCCUCCUCGACCGUCAGGGAGAUGCAAGAAAUAUCCCGACGAUUGAUUUACUAAGGCAAGGUAUCUUUGGCACUGAAGAGAAACUGCAGCAGCUUCAUGAUGCCCUGGACAUUCGAGGCGCGCGGCAACCGAUGAGGAUGCUUGGAUUUCGUUCUUUGAAAUGGCCAUUCAAGAGUCAAGAUGUGGAGAAAAUCCAUUCCGAUCUUCAGGGCUGUUUUGAGAUGCUCUCCCAGUCGCUGCAAGUGGAUCAAACGUCCUUACUACUCGACAUUGACAGAAGGUCGAUUCUUGAUCGUAUUCCACAUGCACCAGAUGCCGCGUACAACUCGCGAGUGGAGGAUCAGAAUCCGACUUGCCACCCUGAAACCCGCUCUGGUAUUCUUUUUGAUAUUCAUAAAUGGAUUGAUGACCCUCAUGCAAAGAGCAUAUUCUGGCUCAACGGCAUGGCGGGGACUGGAAAGUCCACUAUAUCUCGGACAGUCGCUAGAUCUCUCGCUCAAAGAGGUUCUCUUGCUGCUAGUUUCUUCUUCAAGAGAGGUGAGAGCAACCGAGGUGACAGUGCCCUAUUCUUCAGCACUCUCGCCUUUCAGCUUGUAUCAAGUGUACCAGGAUAUGGACAAGUUCUCAAAGAAAUCCUGGAUGAAAACCCACGCUUGAUGAAUAAAUCGUUGCAGGAUCAGUUUAACCAGUUACUGGUUGAACCGCUAUCCUUGGCAUCCAAACAUACGCAAAAUACGGCACCAUUCAUUCUCGUUGUUGAUGCUUUGGAUGAGUGCGGUGAUGAUAAUGAUAUUCGCAUGAUUAUCCACCUUCUAUCGAGCACAGAUGUGUCAUCUAACGGUUCUUGGCGUGUAAGAACCUUCCUCACCAGCCGACCGGAAUUGCCCAUCCGCCUUGGAUUUGGUGCUGUUCGCGGUACAUUUCAAGAUCUUAUCCUUCAUGAUAUUCCCAGUUAUAUUAUAGAAAGGGAUAUUUCAGUCUUCCUACGUUAUGAGCUGGAGAAUAUUAGAUUCAACUAUAACCUCACUGUCCCUCAGCAUCGACAAUUGCCCCUCGACUGGCCCGGCGAGGCAAGCAUUGAGCACAUUACGGACAUGGCUUCACCAUUAUUCAUUGCAGCUGCCACCGUUUGUCGAUUCAUCUCAGAUCGAAGGAUUGGUAGCCCAGAAGAACAACUGGCCAAGAUUGUGAAUUCAAGCGGAAAUGAAGUAUCGAAAUUAGAAGGCAUUUAUCUGCCAAUCCUGCGUCAGACCUUAGUCGGGCUUUCGGUUGCUGAACAUGAGAUAGCACUCUCUGACUUUCGCUCUAUCCUUGGAACUAUUGCUAUUGCAUACACUCCGUUAUCAGCCAGAGGGCUAGCCAAUAUUCUGCAAUUGCCGGAACGGAAAGUAGAGAGCCGGCUUGACCUUCUCCAUUCUUGCCUUAAUGUUCCCUCGGAACCUGAACUUCCUGUCCGCAUUCUCCACUUAUCCUUUCGAGACUUCCUGGUCGACCCAUCUCGGAAGGACCAAAGCAUAUUCUGGAUAAACCAACAAGUAACACAUUUUCAGAUUGCAGAACGGUGUCUGGACAUCAUGGAUCGCCUACUACAGCGGGACAUUUGUGGAACUGGCCGCAAUGAGAGCCGUGCUGAUCUCAACGACUUUCAGAAAGAACGUAUGGUACCUAAUGAGCUUGAAUACUCCUGUCUCUAUUGGGUAGACCACCUUAUUGAAGCCAGAGAGCCUUUGAGAGAUGAACACCCAGUUCAUUGUUUUUUGAGAACUCAUCUGCUUCACUGGAUUGAAGCUUAUUGCAUUCUUGCCAACACAUCUAGCUUAUUAUCAAUGAUACAGGGACUUAUCGACUUAGUGGAGUCACCCGAUGCAGAGGCUAUUAAAAGCUUUCUCGAAGAUACUUUUCGGAUUGUCAGCACGAAUUUGAGCAUGAUUCGAAAAUACCCGCUCCAAGUGUAUUCUUCAAUGCUUCUCUUUGCACCUACCAACAGUAUAAUUCGAAACACCUUUGCCUCCGACAUGCCGGGCUGUGUCAGUAUCAAAACGAAACUUAACUCAGAUUGGGAUCCGCUUCUUAUGACAUUUGAAUACGAAUGGAAAUCUGGCAAGAUACAAAUGCUUUCAUGGUCCCAUGAUAAUGCAUUUCUUGCUGCUAUUUUUCCGUGGGGGAGGAUACAGGUCUGGGAUGUUAUGUCUGGACAAGAACACCUCAGCGUGUACACGCAUGGCAAAACGAGGCUAGAGUUUUCUCACACAUCGGAAUUUCUGGCAGCAUCUGGAGAGACAGAGAUUGAGCUAUUUAGAAGGGCUACUGGAGAAGCGGUCCAGACGAUCGGCAAUUUCGGAUGCUGGGGAUUCGCUAAAGAUGCACCACUUCUCGCUACUACUUCCGAGGAUGGUGAUAUCAUACUCUGGAAAGUCGUUUUGAGCGCUCAUGGGUCUCCAUUUCUGCCACUAAAAGUCUUGAGUGCUUCUAAAAUAACUGUUUCUUGGAUGAACGUCUAUGAGGAAGGAUUAACAGUCGCUUCCACAUAUCAAGACCACCAAGUCACGUUAUGGCGUUUCACCGCUGACGCGAAUGUUCCUAACGGUGACUCAACACAGCCGACAUGCUUGGGCUCCAUUUCCAGUCCGAAAUCCUUCUUCAGGAACAAGUAUGCGAAGGUUAUGCUCUCCCCUAACUCGCAGUUAAUCGCCUUCAUAACACCCGGAUCUCUCUUGGCCUAUAAAGUUGAAAUUUGCUGUGCCACAAACGGGACACUUCUCCAGACUUUUGAAAGCGACGACGCUAUCCAGAGCACUAUUAUAUUUUCGUCAGACUCCCAAUUUAUUGCAAGAGAUUCGGGGAAAGGGACUGUGGAGGUCAGGCCCAGAGCUGGCGGGACAUCUAUAAUGAGCCUAAGCCAUCGAGGAGCCACAUCUGCUGCAUUUUCUCAUGACUCCAACAAAUUGGCGGUAGCAUGGCGUGGUUCAGUGCAAAUAUCAUCCAUCUCGCAAGCAAGGUUGACUAAGCGAACACAAAUUGAAAGGCGCCUAAAGCCUAUCAACUGCAUAGAGCUUUCGCCAGACUCCUCAGUUCUCGCUAUAGGAACAAGCGACGAGGAGAUUGAACUCUGGGACACAAGCACCGGAGUUCAUAGGCAAACGUUGCGCGUAAAAUCAAGCACAUAUCGCUUUUUAGCAUUCUCCCCAGACUCACAGAUGCUGGCGUGUUGGGAUGAACAAGAGAUAAAAGUCUGGAAGGUCGACACAGGGGAAUGCAUGAUGCAAAGCCGCGUUGGCCUGGGACUGGUUCGCGGAACAGUCAUUUACCACCAGCAGUGGCGACUGAAUCUAGUGCCUGGGUUCCCCAGUCUUGAUCCAGAAUCUCCCUUCCCGGACGAUAUAUACCACGAGUUCGGAAUAAGGCAUCUCAGCACCUUUCAAAACUACGGUCUUCUUUUUGGCAAUCUGGAAUAUGUAGCCGAUACAAAAGAUUUAAUGAUUUACCUCGGAACAAAAUCAGGCACCUGGAAGGCUAUCGUUCUGCGUCAUUCCGAUGGAAGAUGGAUACGACGGGGGCAUCAAUUAGAGACUCGAGAACCACACACAGCAAAAAUAAGGGCCAGAUUCUACUCGACUCUUUCCUACCUUUACCUGGAAAAUUUAGAGGUGCCAUACCAGACAUACAAGAGAUGA